CACGUUCACCCGGCUCGAUUCUGCACACCUUUUCUUCUCUCUUCACGCCAUUCUUUCCUGUUAUGUCGCCCGCACUGAGUCUAGCUGCAACGAAUGCCACGAACCACACUAUGAGCAUCGUAGCGCGCAACGUCCAGACGGCCUUGAAUCCUAAUCCGACCCAGAGGACGACGCUCAUCGUCGCCGGCGUCUACAUCAUCGUGAUUGCUAUUCUCUGGCAUAUCCCAUACCUCAACGCGAUUAUCUACCCGUUCAAGCUGCUCACGUUGGGUUUCACGAGGUGCGGCUUGAACUCGAGGCCGUGUCGCUGGCUCACAUUAGGUAAGAUGAGCCACGCUUUCAUGGGUGUUCUCACUUGCGCCACGAUACAUUCGAUCGAGCUCGACCCUGAUGAAGGAGGAGCUACGUCGAUGAGCGGGGGCAUUCCGUGGCUGACACUUCCUGCCGGGUACCUCGGGUCUUCUCUGAUCGGGGCAGCUCUGAUUGCGUGUGGCUUCAAUACCAACGCGAGCAAAAUCGCGUCUAUCGUUCUUGGGGUGUUUUUCCUGUUCACACUAUGGUGGGCAAGAAGAAAUCUGCUCACCUGGGUCCUCAUUCUUGGAACUGUCGGGCUGAUCCUCUUGUUCUGGUUUGUAGCCGACAGCGUCGCACUGAGAUAUCUGGUCUUGUUUGUGGGUGUCAUGAGCGAUAUGUACGUGCUGUGGGACGUCAUCGAUGAUACGAUUGCUCGCAAAGUCAACUCAUCGGACGCCUAUGCGUUUUCGGAGAUAUGCGGAUGCUGCCCUUCCCAAGUUUGGGGUGUUAUCUGGUUGAUCCAGGCGUUUAUUUUCUUCGCUGGCGGGAUUCUCGUCGGUCUGGCUGCAUUCAAAGAAUCGAAUGCGCAGCAGAAACUGGAUUCGUCACACUUCCUCCCAGCGCCGGGCUCAUCCUCUGCUGGGACCAUGCUCUCUCCUGACGUUGUUCUGCUCUCUGUCUUUUCGCUGAUACUGGGUGCUUUUGGAGGAGUUGUGUUUGAUGUACUGAGGAGCGACACGUCCGUCUUCUAACGACCUAACGACCAGUGUGCGAUAUCUGUAGGCACUGUUGCGUGCUCUGGACACACCGUGUAAAUACUGCUUUGAUGUUACAACAACAAAAAGACAUUCUAUGUACUCUAUUCUAAACGCAAAUGCCAAGUGUCAAA